AUGUCUGCCGAAGACCUAGCCAAGUUUCCCGAAUCCAGCAGGUUUUUCGGCCGUUCUCCGGCGAAAGAUGUCGCAUCUUCUGUUUCGGAUCUGUCCCAGCAGAAACGGUCGAUCCACGUCAACAACUUCAAUUCGAGCUCCAACUUUCUGCCCUACUAUUCUCCACAGGUGAAAACCAAAGUCAAUUAUCCAGUGGAUCUUUUCCAUUUGCUGCCGAAAAUAGCUUUGGAAGAUGCGCUGGAUUCGCCGUCUGAGCGUGACAUUCCCGUUUUCGAGUAUGGGCUUCAUUUUGCCAGUGAUCCGGUUCUGUUUGCUGAAACCGUGGCGUCGAUAGGCAAGAAGUACGGCGCCGUCAAGUUCCGAUUCUCCAAUUCCAACGAGAAUUUGUUCAAGACGUAUUUUCAAAUCAACCACGACGUGUUCAGUUUCAAAACAAACCGCAUGCUCUACAAUCCGGCGAAAAACGAGCUUGAAAGCCGUCUUCGAUUCUAUGCCGAGCUUGUUCUGCUCCAUUCACAAGCAAACUUGGACAUUGACCCAAAGGGCCCAGAGGCAACUGUGCCGGCUGAAAAUCUGCCGGACAAAACCGAGGUAAAAGAGGAGAUAAUACCGGAACUGAACAGCCUAGAAUCGGACCACCAAGAAAAAUCUCCAGUGGCAGAGACAGCCAGUCCAACUGUGAAGGAGGAACAAUCAGACUUACCCAAAGAUGCGCUGAAAAUGAAGCUUCCGCCGUUCUUGAUGAAACUCCCGAUGAUGGACAAACGACUGUUGGAUUUGUAUGAUCUCUUCCGCUUCGUUGUCAUGAAGGGAGGCUUUGAAGAAGUUGUGCAGAAAAAGCUUUGGGCGCAAAUUGGCCGUGAACUUGGUUAUAAGGGCAAAAUUACCAGCAGCUUAAGUAGCUCGCUCAAAACAUCCUAUAUGAAGAUUUUGUAUCCUUUGGAACUUCACCUAGGCAAAGAAAAGGAAGCGUUUGUUGGAUUGGACGAGAAAAGCGACCAAAAGCAACCGGACCUUCAACACGUAUCUGAACUGCAAAAUGAGACUCUCUCUAGUUCCGAGAAAUUGGGUCCAGCUCCUACCUCAGCUGAACAUCUUUCUUCCAUUACCCAUGCUUCUGGUUCACUGAACGUCCCUCCUGAAAAUGGUUCCGUAUUUACCGAAAAACAUGCUGAUGGUGCAAAAAGAAGAAAAGUCCAGAAGGCUCCUCUCCUUCUAGGAUCAGCAAAAGAAUUCAGAAGAUCGAUCCGCCUAAAAUCGGCCAAAGGUUUUCUACUAAAUGAGCCACAUCUUAUGGACGUCAGGUCGCCGCUUGUUUUGGCGUUGAAAAAUGAAAAUAAUGGAACUACAGAAGAAAUCACUCCUACAACAGCGACAGCACAGGUGAAUGCGUUUUUAAAGUGGAUCGCAAACUGUCUGUCGGUGAUUGAUGACUCCACUCGCUUAGAAUCUAAUGGCAAAUUGGCCUCUACUUAUACACUUCGACAAUUCGUGGAGAAAGACGCAAAGUUUCAGGAUUUCCUAGUGGCAAACUAUCCAGAACACUUUGGCGCAGAUACACAGAAGAAAAUUGCUCCAGAUGGAACAAAAACUUUAUCUAUAGACCAAGCGGAAGCAUUGUACUGGGAUAUCGUUUCGUCCCCUAAUUCGGCCCAGUUCAUUGACGGCAUGAAACUAGAAAACGGCAGUUCCCUUUGCAAUAUCAUCAGCGGGUCUGGUUUCCCACGUGUGGGUGACGAUUUUUCCAACUUCAAAAGCCAUCUCAAUAACAUGGGUUUUUCCACUCCUGGAACUUCAGGAAACGGCAUGUCUGUAGACUCUAAAGGGAAAACUCUUGAUUCAUCAUCACGAACAGAAUCUCUCUUUUUGAACUGCAAACCAUAUAUUUCCCGAACAACAGGAACAUCCUUGAGCCCAUUCAAUUUGCAUAAUUUGCCUAUUCUACCUGAUUCCCUACUUGGGGCUUACACCGCGUCAGAUUUGAACAAUAGAGACAUGACCAAUACCUCGCUUCAAAUAGGAAUGACUUUCAGUACCGAGAACUGGAAAUGCGAAGACCAUUUCACCCAGCUCUGCAAUUACCUGUUUUUGGGAAGCGCUAAAAGAUGGUACUUCAUUCCGGAGCUGGAAUUUGAGAAAUUUGAGGCGUUGAUUGACGAAAUAGUUGAAGAACAAGAGAAGAAUCCUCAUUCCAUGAGAAUCAACAAAAAUUAUAGAAAAGAAAAUUGGCUGUUCGACAAACUUAUGGAUGCAUUACGCACGAAUGAUGAGAGCCUUAAUAUCAAAUAUGAGUUUCUACUCAACUCUUUGGAAAAUAUGGUCAGUCCGUAUCCGGAAAUAAGAUGCAGCCCGCAAAACCCUCAAUUUGAGAAAUUGCUGAAUCUUCAGAAGAAGAGAAGACUGCUAUACAAUCAAGAGUAUUUAAUUACCCCAGAAAUGCUUAGUGAGAGAGGAAUAGAGUAUACUACCACGAUUCAAAAACCAGGGGAAUUCAUCAUCAAGUAUCCGAAGACGUUCUCUUCUACGAUAUCCUUUGGAUUUAAUUUGUCAGAGGAAGUGAACUUUGCUACAAGAACAUGGCUCGAUUAUGCCCAAGAAGGCGAAGAGUGGUUGAAGAAACAAGGUUUGCUUCCUAAUAUGCUGGUUUUCCGCUUACUUGUGAAUCUCGCCCAACUAUAUGAAUCGAUAAGUUCGACUUCCAUACAUUUCAGUGGUGCCGUUUAUGAAAAGGCUCUGGAAAUUUAUGAUGAUCUUUUAGCCAAAGAGCUUGCAAUACGGUCACAGAUUCGAGAGAUUUGCAAAUUAAAGGAAACUGUGAUUGAAGAUCGCCAUGCGUCUGAGGCAGAUUGUGUUUCUGAUGAUGAUUUACUGAAUGCAUUUCCAUCAAAAGUGGUGAUUACGGAAUUAGCCACGCACCAAAAUUUUGUGAUGACUCCCGCUGGUUUUCUUGCAUACAUAAGCAUUUUUGAGUCCAACCGAGAAGCCUUUCCUGAUUUUCUUAACGAUCCUAAUUUCUCUGUUGAGUUUCAGCUAUUCUAUUCGGACGAGAAGUUGAAAACGUUCCAGCGUCUUUUGAGUGGAUACUCGGUCGAUUUCAUGAAAUGGAUGAAAGCAUAUGAUGAAAUGAUAUCCACGGGAGAAAUAAUCCCCUUGAAAACUUACAAAUCCUUGCUUGCAGAUGGGCAGAAAAUUGCGUUGGCUUUGACUACAGGGCGAGAGACGUUUCGGAAAUUUAUUCACGGUUCAAGAGAACACAAAGAUCCGGUUGAGCUGGAGAAAUUGAAGGUCUUCCAGCAGAUCCUUUCAACACUUCAGAAUUUUGUGGAUGAGUCGACAAAUAUCAUAGAGGAAUGUCAGUCCAUUCUCGCCUUGAAGCAUCAGCAAAGAAUCCGAAAUGGAGGUACAGAACAGGCAAACCUGUUGCAAGACUCUCAUUCCAAUGGACUUGAGAGGCUCAUCCAGUUAGUGGAUACGAUCCCAAAGCUUAUCUUCCAUGUCCCCGAGUUUGAUCAGAUAUUCGAGUUCAAAACGGAAAUCGAAAAUUUCGAUCGUGCGUGCAGAGCGCUUAUCAAGAAAGAACAAUGCACAAUGUCAGAAAUGUGUGAUAUGAUCAGCUUGGGAACUUCUUUUGGAAUAAAAAUUCCCAGCUUGGAAUUCUUGAUUCGCCUUAGAGACAGACAACGGUGGCUUGAUACGUAUGACAUUAUUGUCAGUGGUGGAGAUCCGUUCGUUGGUAAGAAGGAGGUUUUUUCAUUGAAUGAGAUAAAGGCGUUUUACGAAGAAGGGCUUCAGGUUUUAGCAGAAGCUGAUUUAGACAAGUUGAAAGCGAUAGAUCAAUAUGUCUAUGUUGGAAAUAAGUAUGAGGAAGCAGUGAAAAAGUAUAUUGAGGAAAACAAAUUGCUCAAUAACGUGAACUUGAACCAGCUUGAAAAAUUGCUUGAGGACAUGGAAGAAAAAUCGAAAAUGAAACAAGACUCAAGAUUAUUCGUGACAUUGGAUAUUUAUCACGAACUUCUCGACCUCAAGGCACAGUCAAAGCUAAUUGACUUUCUUCAAAACUAUACUUCCAAGACGCACAAGUUAUUUGCUGUGAAGCAGACACUAGAUGACUUGGAAAAUUGCGGCUAUCUGUUCGAAAGUCAAGCCAUCCGGUCCGAUGAUGAAAAAGCAGAAGCUUGGUUGUCGGAAGUUGAGAAUAUUUUGGAUAGAAUCGGCAACAAGCCGGGCGCCAAGUCCAAGAAGAAAAUCCCCAAUCAAUACUCGAAGCACGCAUGCAAUAUUAAUAUUGUGAAGAAAGCAUUUGAGAUUUUGAAUAGAUGCGAAACCAGUUUUGCCGGGGAUGACGCUGACUCGCUCACUAAAUCGUCGCUGUACUUCUUUUUGAAAAACCUCGAAGGUGGGUAUGACGAGAAAAACCCCAUGAGAUACUGUCUCUGCCGGGAUUAUGAGGCUGGAACGAUGAUUGAAUGUGAUAAAUGCCACGAGUGGUAUCAUGUGGCGUGUGUGGAAGACAAGAGUGAAAUCGGCGAAGAUGACGACAAGUAUGCUUGUCCCGUUUGCACACUGUUGGAAUUUUAUCGUACACGGCCAAUGUAUCCAGCCUUGGAAGGAAAGUUGCUUGACUCCGUUCUCGAACACCUCAUUUCUAAAGGAGAAAAUCUUCGUGUUGUGCCACUGGCUGAAGUUAGCAUUCUUCAGGCUAUUCAUGAUUUGGUUGUGAGGUCACGAGAGUAUUACCUGGAACAUCUUGCGUCUCUGCCCUUCCCCGAAAUGAAGGAAGUUUACCAGAUGUUUUUGCUCCGGAAAUUCUACGGCAGUCCUGUGAUGGUGACGGGUAUGUUUUCGCAAAUACUAGAUUUGUUGAAGAAUGUCAAUUUCCGUCUGGUGAUGGUGCCUGAAGCACUCACUUAUCCUGUCAGUUUUUCAACGAAAAGAACUGGAGAGAGCAAUGGUGUCAUGUCAGAUGGAACGGAGUCUGUAACUGCGGAUGGGGGAUCAAUUAACGGAAAAGAUUCUCUUGCACUGACAACCGAGACAUCUAGCCAGGAUGGUCUCACUUCGAAACCACAGGCCCGUGUUCCUAUGACUGGACUAGGAAUAACAUCACAUCUUCCAGCAGCUUUCCAACGGCUGGCUGCGUUCCAAAACCUGGCUCUAUUUCAACAGGCGGUGUUCCAGGUGGCAGAAAAUCCUCUGAAAGAUGACACAGAGAGCAAGUAG